AUGCUGGUGUGCCUCGCUGCACUCACAGUGGUAGUUGAGGAUUCACAGGCGAUCACAGCAGGGUUCGUAGGGAAUGCCAUACAUGUCAACCCCGAUUCAAGAGGUGCUGGUCGAGCCCGACGUGUGCGAGACUGGGCUGUUUGCUCUGCAUGCAAGCUUUAUGUUCUUCCAGGAGACCCUAGAGCGUCCCUCGCCGCGGAGAAGUUGCGGGAUCAACUAGGCGAGUGCGAUGUAGUCUUCGAUGCUCCAGCAACGUGCAACGAGGCCUCUGUGUUCUUCGGGGAAGAUGGGCGUAUGGAGCUUUUGAGAGAGAAGGAGAAAGCUGGAGCGGGAUUUCGAAGCGAUCUCCCAGAUGUUCUCCAGAAUCUCUGCUCUUCUUCUACACUUCAGCGUGACCCCUUGGUCAAGUCCCUUGGGAAAAACGUUGGACGGAGCUUGAGUAUCGUGGAUGCCACCGGGGGCUUUGGGCAUGAUUCAUUGCGAAUGGCGUGCUCAGGACAUAACGUGACAUGCUUGGAGCGGGACCCCGUGGUCUACUCGUUCCUUGCUGACAGUAGGAUGGAAGCCAAGGGAGGGUCCCUUCACCUCCUCAACUCCGAGGCAAUGAGCUGGCUGCGAGCGGCUGUCGAGGAGGACGUGAAAGUCGACAUCGUGUACUUGGACCCCAUGUUCCCUUCCAGCAAGCACAAGUCUGCCCUCCCAAAGCGCCGGAUGCAGUGGCUGAGGGAGUACUUGGGACCAUCUGCAGCAGCCACUCCCCAGGCCGAGCAGGAGGAGCUUCAGCAGCUGCUCGAUGCAGCCAAGAGGGUGGCAAAGAAGGUGGUCAUCAAGAGGGCAGACGACGGUCCGGUGGUAUCAAACCAGAAGCGCAUAUGA